CAAGAUUCAUAUCACCACUCGGGCUAGAGACUUCCAAGAUUGGAUUGAAGUGGUCAAGGAGCAUGAGACGUAUUACCUUUAUAAUGGAGAGCCAGUUGACAAUGAUGGCCCUUUCAAAGUCUGUUUUAACCCACUUAAACUCAUAUUCAAUGGAGGGACUACCAUGACAAAAGUGGCGAUACCGGAAAUACCAACUCACAGCUAGACUUUUCACCCUAUUGAGAGAUUUCUCAAAGGAGACUUCAAGCAUGACAUGUUGUAUGAUGUCAUUGGUGUAUUACAAGAUGUUUUGAAAACCCAGAUGGGAGGUGGCGGUAGAAAAUCUUGCGUCAAUAUAACUUUGCGUGAUGUAGAAGGCAAUGUGAUCGAGCUGGUGUUAUGGGAGGAUUACGCCAAACAGUUCGUCGCCUACACUACCCCUAACAACUUUGUCGGUCCUACUAUUAUUGUUUUGACACAUUCAUGGUGCAAGACUAAUACAGUUUCUGGUUUACCCUGUCUUUCGAACGCAUGGAGCGGUUCUAAACUUUACAUCAACUUGGAGCAUCCACAAGUUGAUGAAUUCAAAGCUAGUUUUGGAUCCAACCUACCUGUUGCUUCCCAAUCAUUGACUUGCGAUUCAUCUGUUCAAUCGCAAAACAAUUUUUGGACCAAAUUGUCUGAGGUCAAGAGUAUCCGUGCAGUAUCUAAAUUUGGAAGGGACUGUUUUGCAACCACCAUUGGAACUACCACUGGUUUUAAUGCCUCCAGGUUUGGAUGGUAUUUUGAAUCAAAUGGAAAUACGGAUGCUGAACGCGUUACUAAAUUCAAACUUGAAGUUGAGGUGGAAUAUGAUAACCAUAAGGGGAUAUUUGUUUUUUGGGAUAAGGAUGCUAUUCCUUAUACUAAACACACUGCUACUGAAUUAAGAGAAAUCAUGAAGAAGGCUGGAGAGGACAAUCCUAAGAUUUGGCCUACUCACCUGGAUGCGUUGUUGAAUAGACAGAUGGUGUUUCGUAUCAAAUAUCAAUCACAAUUUCGACGAUUCUCUAUUGUGAAGAUACUUAACGAAGACGGCCUUUACAAUAAGUUUGACACUGUAGAUGUUGUUGAUUGGCUGUAAUUUUUGGUAAAACUCAUUGUGUUUCUAUCUUGUCUAAUCUGGUGUCAUGACAUGCAUUCUACUGUUGUGAAGUUUUUCUUAUGCAGGCCUUUACCUGAUGUCAAGGCCGAUGUCAUGACAUUCGCAGCUGUUACGUUCUUUUCUAUUACUAUUUAUGGUUAUGUGAUCUGAUAAGAUCCUAUGCGCUUUAUUUGGUAAUGUUGGAUUCUGAUCUGAUUCAAGGACAUCUUUGAUGGUUAUUAUUUUUAGUUCCUUGAUUUAUGGAAAUUAGUUUUAUUAGGGUUAAAACUAAUUUGGAUCCAAGGCCCAGCUGCUGUGUUUUAUGAAGGCUAUAUAUUCUACGAAGAAGCUGCUGAUCAUGUUAGGGUUUUUGUUUGAGAAGCUUUAAGAGUUCUUUGUUUUAAGUUUUCGUUCUAGCCUUCUUGUAAGCCAAACAAUCAUCAUGAUGAUUGUCUUGGUCUAGGUGUUUUGUUUUGAGUUGUAAGAAGUACUCAAAGCUUUUAAGCCAGAGUACUAUUGUACUUGAUUAAAGCUUUUAAGCAAGAUCAAGUUGUGUCUUUGAAGUGUGUCUUCUUUGCUAUUCGUUGAGUGUUUUUCAUCACUGCUGUGAUUGAGGGGGAGUGAGUAGGAUCUCUGAUCUAAGUUGUUUAGAUUGAAGUUGCAUUGAGUAGAUAUUAAGUGAAAGGAGUAAUCUUGAUCUGUAUUACCUUUAAUUGAUAUUACUUAUAGUGGACUUCCUCCCUGGCUUGGUAGCCCCC